CAAGUCAAGUCACCUCUCCUUUGCAGCCAACAUCACGCGCAGGUUGUGCCAUCAAUGGUUGAGGAUCUCCUCGAAGAAAACGAAAGAUUCGCUUUCAUUUCUGCCUCAUCUCUACCCCACUUCUUCUACUUCUACUGGUAUUGUUCUUCAAUCCACGAGAUUAGUCACCAAUUUCUUCCGGUCAACAACAACGGAAUGGAUAAUCGGAAAACUUCUGGAGAUUUCGACGGUGAAGGCGAAUCGUUAGAUCAGGAGGCAAAGAGGAAUAAUAGUAACGGAGAUCAAGAUGAUGAGGAGCCGAUGUCGGUUGAGAGGAUAUUUGAGAGUAGAGAGGUGCCGCCAUGGAGGAAUCAGCUGACGGUGAGAGCGGUUGUAGUGAGUAUGGUGCUGAGCGUACUGUUUAGUUUCAUCAUCAUGAAACUCAACCUUACGACUGGUAUUAUCCCCUCUCUCAAUGUCUCUGCGGGUCUAUUAGGCUUCUUCUUCGUCAAGACGUGGACGAAGCUCCUCCAGAAGUACGGCCGUUUGAGACAGCCUUUUACGCGGCAGGAGAACACUGUUAUCCAGACAUGCGUCGUCGCUUCCUCCGGCAUCGCCUUCAGCGGUGGAUUCGGGAGCUAUCUGUUUGCAAUGAGUGAAAGAGUGGCCAAGGAAUCAGGGGACACAGUUCAUGGAUUCAAAAACCCAGACCUGGGAUGGAUAAUUGGCUUUCUGUUUAUUGUUAGCUUUCUUGGCCUCUGCUCGGUGGUGCCCCUCCGAAAGAUAAUGAUCAUAGACUUCAAACUGACUUAUCCGAGUGGGACCGCAACUGCGCAUCUUAUUAACAGCUUUCACACACCUGAAGGAGCCAAGUUAGCAAAGAAACAAGUGAGAGAGUUGAGCAAGUUCUUCUCCUUCAGCUUCCUGUGGGGUUUCUUCCAAUGGUUCUUUACUGCUGGAGACAGCUGUGGUUUCGUGAACUUCCCUACGUUUGGACUCAAAGCACGUGAAUACAAAUUCAACUUCGAUUUCUCUGCAACAUAUGUUGGAGUAGGCAUGAUCUGUCCCUAUAUCAUUAACAUAUCAGUGUUGCUAGGAGGAAUCUUAUCUUGGGGCAUAAUGUGGCCUUUAAUAGAAACUACAAAGGGAAAAUGGUACCCUAGAGACCUUGGCCCCGGCAACAUGCACGGCCUUCAGGCCUACAAGGUAUUUAUUGCAAUUGCAAUGAUUCUAGGUGACGGACUUUACAACUUCUGUAAGGUGCUAAGUCGAACUCUCUUUGCUUUGUUCCUUCAACUCCGAGGAAGAAACUGUGGCAGCAGAUCCGGCCUCCCUGUUCAAGACGUUCCGUCAGCUGCAAGCCCCAAGUCCUCUUAUGAUGAGCAGCGACGCACUCAUCUCUUUCUCAAAGAUCAAAUCCCAUCAUGGCUUGCCAUGGGAGGUUAUGUGGUAAUUGCAAUCAUCUCUGUAGCUACUCUUCCGCAGAUAUUCGACCAACUGAAAUGGUAUUACAUACUAGUCAUUUAUAUAUUUGCCCCCACCUUGGCCUUCUGCAAUGCAUAUGGAUGUGGCCUCACAGAUUGGUCCCUGGCAUCAACCUAUGGGAAACUGGCAAUCUUCAUAAUUGGGGCAUGGGCCGGUGCUUCACAUGGUGGCGUUCUUGCUGGCCUUGCAGCCUGUGGAGUCAUGAUGAACAUUGUUUCCACAGCAUCAGACCUGAUGCAGGACUUCAAGACUGGGUAUCUGACCCUUGCUUCGCCAAGGUCCAUGUUCGUGAGCCAAGUGAUUGGGACUGCAAUGGGCUGUGUGAUAUCACCUUGUGUGUUCUGGCUCUUCUUCAAGGCUUUCGAUGAUAUGGGACUUCCCAACAGUUCAUAUCCCGCACCCUUUGCCACAGUCUAUCGUAACAUGGCUAGACUGGGAGUGGAAGGUUUGGCAUCUCUACCGAAAGAUUGUCUUCUUCUCUGUUAUGUGUUCUUCGGAGCAGCUGUUCUGAUAAACCUGAUUAAAGACAGCAUAGGGAAGAAGUGGGCACGCUUCAUUCCACUUCCAAUGGCAAUGGCAAUACCCUUUUACAUAGGCCCAUAUUUUGCCAUUGACAUGUGCGUCGGGAGCUUGAUUCUGUUCAUCUGGGAGAAGAGAAACAAGGUCAAUGCAGAAGCAUUUGGGCCUGCAGUGGCUUCUGGAUUGAUUUGUGGGGAUGGGAUAUGGACUUUGCCCGGCUCUAUACUUGCUCUUGUUGGAGUUAAGCCACCAAUUUGCAUGGGGUUUUUUUCAAGGGCAACGUCCGCUAGAAUUGAUAAAUUAUUGGGGUCAUAGAACACACCAUAGACGAGUAUAUAGUUCAUUUGUAUGUAAACUGAUAAUACUAUAAUCUAUACCAUGCAUUUCGUCUAUUAUUCUUUUUUUC